CGGCCCCCGCCGCCAGCCGCGGGCUGAGCGCGUGUGCCGGGGGCGAGGCCCCGUCCCUCCGCGGCGGCGGCUCCAUGGUGCCCGCCGCCCCCCCCCGCCUCGCAGCAACAGGCAGGACGAGGAGGAAGCGGCCUCCGGGGGUCCCCACCGCCCCGCCGCCGGCCUGAGCAGCAGCGCCGCCGCAGCGGGAGCGACCGAGCGGGCGGGGGGCGCCCGCGGGCCGCCGGCGAUGGCGAACCAACUGGUGAUCCUCAACGUCUACGACAUGUAUUGGAUGAAUGAAUAUACUUCUUCCCUCGGAAUUGGAGUGUUCCAUUCAGGCAUAGAGGUGUAUGGCCGAGAAUUUGCCUAUGGUGGUCAUCCAUACCCUUUUUCUGGAAUAUUUGAAAUUUCACCAGGAAAUGCUUCUGAGCUAGGAGAAACAUUUAAAUUUAAAGAGGCUGUGGUUCUAGGCAGUACUGACUUUAUGGAAGAUGACAUAGAAAAAAUAGUAGAAGAGCUUGGAAAAGAAUUCAAAGGAAAUGCUUACCACCUAAUGCACAAAAACUGCAAUCACUUCUCUUCAGCUUUAUCUGAGAUUCUGUGUGGAAAAGAGAUUCCACGAUGGGUGAAUCGCCUUGCCUACUUCAGCUCUUGUAUACCAUUUCUCCAGAGCUGUUUGCCGAAGGAGUGGCUAACUCCUGCAGCCCUCCAGUCUAGUGUUAGCCAGGAGCUACAAGAUGAGCUGGAGGAAGCUGAGGAUGCAGCCGCAUCAGCUUCCUUGGCAAGCUCAGCAUCUGGGUCUAGAACUGGACGCCACACCAAAUUAUAAGUCCUCCUCCAAAGUAACAAAUGGUUUGAAAUACUUCAGUUUAAUCUCUCCAGCAAUUGACUUCCUGACAGAACAUGAGAGCUGACUCUAGAACACUGUUUUUAUAUGCAAAAAAGGCUCUCCAAACCCUAUUUCAGCUCAGGAUUACCUAUGUAGUGAAAAUAAUUGCUGGGAGAAAAGGGAAGGAUUUUGUGUGAAGCCACCCUUUUCAUUUUCACCUGUUUGGUAGACCUGGGUUAGCUUAACAUCUUGUAUAAAGCAGAACUUAAAUUAUUUGUUUACAGUAUUGUGUACUGCUGUUUACAAGUCCUGUAAGGACUCCUGGCACCACGGAAGAAGAGAGAAUUUGAGUUUGAUUUAACUGUUAGUAUAGCUCAGAAGCAGUGGUAUGAUGCCCUGAAUGAACUUUCCCCUUUGUUUCAAGAUUUAAGGCAGGUGAACAUUAAAUUUCUGAGAAAUGCCAGAAACUGCUGAAUACUAGAUAUGUGAACAGGGUACUGUGCACUUGAAGUGGCUGAUGUAAACAGGCAGAUUCCAGGAUGCAGGGAGACUGGUUUUGUCCAAGGUCUGUUACUGGAAGUAUGACCUCUACAUUAAUGAAAGUGUGGGGUUUUGCACAUACGAAGGGAGAUUUCUCUCUCAUUACAAUGCACAUUGAUCCCUUUCUUUUUUUAAAUUGGCCAUGUAGUUGCAUCUUAUCUUCUAUAUUUACGGUCCACUUCAGCCAGGAUUUAGACACAUAAAUAUCAUGUUAGAAGCGUCAGACAAUUUUUCACUGUUUGCUUUACUUGAUUUCAAACUUACAUAUUGCAGCACUUGUAUUUUAUUUUUUUUGUUAUUGUUGUUGCAUAUGGUUUGGAAUGGUGUAAAUAAGCCCUUUAUGGUUGGGGAAUGGUGUUGCUUUCUGCUGCUGAUUUUGCUUCAUUUGAGUUUGUAAACAUUCCCGUCCUUUUUUUUUGAGCUAUAAAUUACUGCCCAGUUGUGCGUGUCCACACAAAUUAUAAAGAAACCCUAAUUUAUUUUCCCACAGUCUCUAUCUGUGGCACUAAAUUUCUUGUCAGAUGUAAUGAAGAAAAACCUGAAAAUUGCUUAUGCACCUGCGUGUUUACACAGCAGAACCCACUAAUCCGCACACGUAAUUAUAUCGGAAGGUAAGAGAUACUAUUUUCUAAAAGACAGAAGUAUGUUUGCUGGUAGAUUAUAAUAAGAGCUAAAUUAUAAUUAGUGAUGAGAAUAUAUAAUGGAAUGCCUUAUUCUUGUUCACGUACCAAGAGAAUUAAUGGUUCUUCCAGUCAUUAAUGUGAAUUAGUGAGGUUCUGUUGUGCACCUAAGGAUACAGUAGCACAAACAGGAGGGAGGUGAGCUUGUGUAUUUUGUAAGACUUGCUGCCUUAAACUAACAAAACCCAAACUGAUCAGCUCACAAAGAAGUGUGCAUUACUAGAGGUAUAGGUGAUGCUUACAAGCUUUACUUUUGAUAUGUUGCUGAGUUUAGGAUUUCCAUUAAGUGAAAUACUGACUCUACAGUUUCUGCUAUUUAAAAAGGAAAAAAGAGAAAAAGGUCCUCUUAGCCUUUUAGAAGGCAAGAAUGCUUCAUGUGAUGAAUGCUCCUAGCCAUAGGUAGCUGGUGCCAUUAACCCUACAGGAAGGUGCAGUAGGCUGUAUCCUAGUAAGAAUUCUCACAGUUGCCAACUCUUACUCAAGUUAAAAGCAAGUGGGAGUUUCUCUGCUAGCAGUUGGUAGGUUGAAUCCUAUGUCAUACAGUCUUUAAAUUUUCAUUCUUCUUCUGUGAUGCAGUGUAGGUACAGAGGGGUACUCAGUUCUGGUGAGGGGAAAUCAAGGGAGUCUCCUUCUGGGAAGAGUGGGAUAAUAAUAGAUGGCUCUCCGAUUGUAGUUUGGUACGUGCUUUAAUAAUCAAUUCUACCAAGCGGGAAACGCUGAAAACUGACAAGUAUACCACUAGCUGUGUUCUUAGUCUCCAGAAGCUGGACAUACUGACAACUCUACCUGUUGAGUGCUUUUUUUCACUUGAACUUUGAGUUCUCCUUCCUUUUUUUUUUUCCUGUAGUGAAAAUGAACAUGGUGGUCUCCAGUGAACUCUCAAGCAUUAACAGAACUGAAUCUCACACUACUUACAGCUGAGGGAACAGGCUGCAGACAGGUUAUUUUGUGUCUGCUGUACAGCUGUGGUAGUAAUGUGACUAAAUCUCUUGGCCAAGGCAGGUCCUUCAUUUCAGCUCAGGGUUGAGGCCACUGAUCUAGCAAUGUACUGUAGCUUUUCCUAGGUUUUAGGAAAAAUAAAUAGAAUUAAUUUUCAUUGCUACCUUUUAUGUACCAAAAUCAGCUUUUUAGGCUUCUGCUACAUCCAGAGCGCUAGGUCACAAAUCUCUACACCUUCAUUAACACACGCAACUACAGCAUGUACAAUGCAAGAACGUGACAGAUCACAGCACAGUUUUUAUUUAGAAGUAAAACUAAGACUAUUUUUUAUAAAGCAGACUGGAAAGUUUGUAACAAAAACCUUCAUUUUAUUGGUAGCUGUACAGGUGAAAAUACUGUCUUAUGCUCCAUAACGGGUUUUGCGUUCUUGGGUUGUUUUUUUUUCUUCUUGUUUCAAAACCAUCCAUUUGUUAAUCCUGUGAGGAAACUGACCCCUGAACCCUGAAGGCUGUUGGGUGUUGUAUCAAAGCAAGCAGUACCGUAGCUUCAGUCGCGUGCUGUCAACUUGGCCUCACUGGACACCUCCGAGAAGUCACCCUGCCAGUGGUUACUCCUAUUUGUUAGCAAUAGAGCAAGUUACCUUUCACCAGCAUUACUGCCAAGCAGGGAUUACUUAAGUCUACUAAUGACCACACUGUGCUAGGACUAGAACACUCCAAAAUGCUGUGAGAAAGCUGGACACCUGUGGAAUCUUUUCCAUCAAAACGGGUAGAAAAACAUCAGCACUUCAGGGUUCUGCUCUGUUUACUUUCUCAUUCUUGUUUGAUUUUUUUGUAAGAUAGUACUUUUGAUACGUAUUGUUUAACUCAAGGUCGUUUUAUUUAAAUGCCAUCUUCUGUUCAGCAAGCCAAAAAAUCCAAUGUACUGUCCAUGUGCACCAGUAACUUCAGAGUGGCUUGGUAAAAACAUAGUUGCAUUACUUCUAAAAUUUGCAAUGCAAUUCUGAUCACUAUUGGUACAUGAUGAUUUUCACUGUUGGAAGUUGGUUACAAGCUGAAUAAUCACUGAUGCAUUUUUUGUAAACUUGUAUUCAAGUUUACUGUACUACAUAGUAUUUGUAUAAAAUUCAAAGAGUUUUGACUUUUGUUACCUGUACAUGGCAACAAGUUGUCUAGCAUCUUAAAUCCAUCAGUUUAUUAAAAAUACUUUUAUAAAAAAA